UCAUAACUUCACAUUUUACGAUAUCACAUUCAAUUCAAAGUACACAAAAAGUAUCAAUAUGAUUACUAGGUGCUGUUUGGCGUUAGCGUUUUUGAGCUGUAUUAAUGCUCAAAUGUACUCACUUGGUAGAUGUAACAGGAAAGUGGAGACAGUUGAAAACUUUGAUCCAUCAUCGUACGCUGGUAAGUGGUACGAGUAUUCUCGAGCAUUCUUAAUCUUCGAGGCGUUGGGAAAAUGCGUGACGGCUACUUACACCCUUCGAGAUGACGGUAAAAUCGACGUCCUCAAUGAAAUGCAACGUUUUGGCCGCACACAAUCAGCGCAGGCAAUCGCCGUCGCAGAUUCCGAUGAGGAUUUACAGGCUGGUAAACUGCGAGUUUUCUUUAAUACCACAGUCAGAUUUCCAUUUGGAGGACCCUACUGGGUCUUAGCAACUGACUACGACAGCUAUUCUGUUGUGUAUUCUUGUACCAGCACGGCAAUUGGUAAAUUCCACAAUGCCUGGAUCUUGACACGAGAUCAAGUACCAAGUGACGACAUUAUCGCAGAGGCAAAUAAUGUUUUAAAGGCACGGAAGAUUCGAAUCAGUAUGAGAAAAACUCCGCAGGAUUGUACAGACGGUGAAGAUGGUGGUGAUGGUGAUGGUGAUGGUGAUGGAAAUGAAGAAAAUACUGAAACAGAUAAUGAGUAAUGCGACAUACAGUAAAAAAUCUACUUUUAAUAAUUUGUUUUUAUUCUCAACCACAAUAAUUACUAAAGAUCUGUAAUUGGCAGACUAAUAGCAGUUUCUGACAAUAACAAAAUAUAUUUAAAACUCACACGAAAAUUGUAAUUCACUGGUUUAAAAAUAAAAUAUAAUAAAACUAUUUGAAAAAA